AUGUCUUCCAGACUGAUGAAUGCAUCCAGCUCUGUGAGCCACUUCAUCCUCCUGGGCUUUCCCUCAAGCCAAGAAAUGCAGCUCCUCUACUUCGGGCUCUUCUCCGUAGCCUACAUGCUGACCCUGAUGGGGAACGCAGCCAUUGUCUGCGCUGUGCAGUGGGACCAGCGUCUUCACACACCUAUGUACAUAUUCUUAGGGAAUUUCUCUUUUAUAGAAAUAUGUUAUGUCACCACAACCGUCCCUAACAUGUUGACCAACUUCCUCUCCACAAGCAAAUCCAUCUCCUUUGUUAGUUGCUUUGCACAGUUCUACUUCUACUUUUCUCUUGGGUGUGAUGAGGGUUUUUACCUUUGUAUCAUGGCCUUUGACAGGUAUCUUGCCAUCUGCCGUCCUCUAUAUUAUCCACGCAUCAUGACUAAAGACCUAUACACUGGCCUGGCCAUCUUUGGAUGGUCUUGUGGAUUUAUCCUCUUCCUAACGCCAGUUGUUCUCAUUUCACAAUUGCCUUAUUGUGGCCCAAAUAUCAUCAACCAUUUUGUGUGUGAUCCUGUCCCACUGAUGAUGCUGUCCUGUUCUGAAGACACCACCACACAGCUCAUUUACUCUACUUUCAAUGCCAUCUUCAUGAUUGGCACUUUUCUCUUUGUCCUUUGUUCUUAUUUUCUGGUGAUUCUGGCUGUGCUACGGAUGCCCUCAGCAGCCAGCAAACACAAGGCUUUCUCCACUUGUGCUUCUCAUCUGGCUGUGGUGAUCCUGUUUUUUGGCUCCGUUAUGGUGAUGUAUGUGAACCCUGGAUCAGGACACCCAGUGAAAAUGCAAAAAAUUGUUACCUUGUUUUAUUCUGUGAUAACACCUCUGUGUAAUCCUCUAAUAUACAGCCUCAGAAACAAGGAGAUGUUGGCUGCUCUGAGGAAAAUCUUUAAGAGAAGAAAAACGUGGAACAAAACUCAAAAGGCAAUGGAGAAGCUUAAU